GUGGUGCUCCCACCUGUCCAGGCUGCAAGAACUAGCUGACCGAGUGCUGGAGCGCUUCCAGGAGCUGGGACUAACAGUCAAAGAGUGGAACAGUGUGAAACUGCACGCCACAGUCAUGAACACACUCUUCAGGAAAGACCCCAAUGCUGAAGGCAGGUACAAUCUCUAUACAGCAGAUGGCAAAUAUAUCUUCAAGGAAAGAGAAUCGUUUGAUGGCCGAAACAUUUUAAAGAAGUUUGAGAACUUUUACUUUGGUUCCCUGAAGCUCAAUUCCAUUCACAUCUCCCAGAGGUUCACAGUGGACAGCUUUGGAAACUACGCCUCCUGUGGACAGGUUGACUUCUCCUGAAGUGGGAGAAGAGCAGCAGAGAACUGUGACUGCAGCAUCAGGAGCCUGGAAGUGUGGCAGAAGCAGGCACUCCGGCCUCCAGCUGACUGGGGAGGGGAGAGCUCCAGUCCACACCCUUCCCUUCUGUCCCUCCCUUUCUUCUUCUCCCUUUCUGUCUGUUGUCAUUCCUUAUCCUCAUGACCCCUCCUUUCUGUGAAGUCUGCUCCUAAGCCCGGUGUUAAGAUCACUGUGUUGGGGAGAUUGGCUUCUCUGUGCCAUGGGACAGACCAUUUUCAAAUAAAUGAGAUUCCCAAGGUA